CGCGGCCGUCGGGAGAGGCAGCAGCCGAGCGCAGACGCGCGCGCCAUGAGGGAGAUCGUGCACAUCCAGGCGGGCCAGUGCGGGAACCAGAUCGGCACCAAGUUUUGGGAAGUGAUCAGUGACGAGCACGGCAUCGACCCGGCCGGAGGCUACGUGGGCGACUCGGCGCUGCAGCUGGAGAGGAUCAGCGUCUACUACAAUGAGUCAUCGUCUCAGAAAUAUGUGCCCAGGGCUGCCCUGGUGGACUUGGAGCCAGGCACGAUGGACAGUGUGAGGUCCGGGCCUUUUGGGCAGCUCUUCCGGCCUGACAACUUCAUCUUCGGACAGACGGGCGCCGGGAACAACUGGGCCAAAGGCCACUACACGGAGGGCGCGGAGCUGGUGGACGCGGUGCUGGACGUGGUGCGCAAGGAGUGCGAGCACUGCGACUGCCUGCAGGGCUUCCAGCUCACGCACUCGCUGGGCGGCGGCACGGGCUCGGGCAUGGGCACCCUGCUCAUCAGCAAGAUCCGCGAGGAGUUCCCGGACAGGAUCAUGAACACCUUCAGCGUCAUGCCGUCGCCCAAGGUGUCGGACACCGUGGUGGAGCCCUACAACGCCACCCUGUCUGUGCACCAGCUGGUGGAGAACACGGACGAGACCUACUGCAUCGACAACGAGGCGCUGUACGACAUCUGCUUCCGCACGCUCAAGCUGACCACGCCCACCUACGGGGACCUCAACCACCUGGUGUCGGCCACCAUGAGCGGGGUCACCACUUCGCUGCGCUUCCCGGGCCAGCUGAACGCGGACCUGCGCAAGCUGGCGGUGAACAUGGUGCCCUUCCCGCGCCUGCACUUCUUCAUGCCCGGCUUCGCGCCGCUCACGGCCCGCGGCAGCCAGCAGUACCGCGCCCUGACGGUGCCCGAGCUCACGCAGCAGAUGUUCGACGCCAAGAAUAUGAUGGCCGCCUGCGACCCGCGCCACGGCCGCUACCUGACGGUGGCCACCGUCUUCCGCGGCCCCAUGUCCAUGAAGGAGGUGGACGAGCAGAUGCUGGCCAUCCAGAACAAGAACAGCAGCUACUUCGUGGAGUGGAUCCCCAACAACGUAAAAGUGGCAGUGUGCGACAUCCCGCCGCGCGGCCUCAAGAUGGCCUCCACCUUCAUCGGCAACAGCACGGCCAUCCAGGAGCUGUUCAAGCGCAUCUCGGAGCAGUUCUCCGCCAUGUUCCGCCGCAAGGCCUUCCUGCACUGGUUCACCGGCGAGGGCAUGGACGAGAUGGAGUUCACGGAGGCCGAGAGCAACAUGAACGACCUGGUGUCCGAGUACCAGCAGUACCAGGAUGCCACGGUCAACGACGGGGAAGAGGCCUUUGAAGACGACGAGGAGGAGAUCGAGUAGGGGUUUCCCUGUGCAGACACUAACACGCACCUGUUCUUCCUUUAGUCCCGACAGGGCAGAGUGGCGCACGGUUUAAGUGUGGCCAUCUGAAGAAAGCGCUUACCUUAGCAGAGAACUGGCAGUCCAGUCCUACCCGAUCAGACCCCAGGGAGGUUUGCACGGAGGACUAGGAAGCGGUAACUAGGGGGCCUCACAGGGCUAAAGAAAGAAUACCUUACUUUCCACUGUGUUCAGCCAGCUCUGGUUAGCCGCGAGUUAGCAACAGGUAUUUUUCAUCCUUGGCAAUGAAAACGGGAAGCCAGUGCAGUGUUGCCUUAUUUGAAUAUGCAAUGUGGAACUUUGAGAAUCUAUUCAUAAUAAAAUGUUAAAUGUGUUACUUUUACUUUGUCACUUCCAGCCUGUGCUUUCUUGGCAUAUAAUUUACUUUGUCUAGUUACAGUAGCCAGGAAAGUCACUGGCCUCCCCAGGUUAAAUUGCACCCACAGCUCACUAAAGGAAUGGAGGAGGGCGUUUUUUAAACUGCAAGCUUUAAGGUGGCAGCCACGUUUUUUCCUGAGCUUGGAAGUGGUACAGCAUAAAUAAAAGGCCUCUCUGUCCAUUUGCUUACUUUUGCAGUGCUGGGGAUCGAAUCCUGGGCCUCACCUGAGCCAUACCCCAGGUCCCUCUUCUGCCCAUUUGCAGUGACCAUUUAGUCCCAGUUAGGUUCUGGGGGGCAGGUCCCCAACCCUGCCAGAGGAGCCACAGGAAGUGUGGUUCAGCCUUCCAGACAAAGCUGGGGGCACUGCUCCUGUCUUUCCCUGGCACUGAGGCUAUGGGGUGGGGACUGGAGCCAGGCCCAUCUUGGAAAAUGAAGGGCUCUUUUCUGCCAUGGAGCCAUCCCCAACUUGGUGGUUUCCACACCCAGCCACAG